UUCUCAUUUCUGAAAUUCACAACAGCCUCCAUUCAGAUUGAGCACAGCUUCUCAUAUCAGUGUUUUGACGGUUUGUGGAUUUGACAUCAGUUAAGUAUCUCGGUGCAGCUGAAGUCACCUGAUUCUGUCAAGUCGGAGCUGAAGUGUGUCGAAGCACCGCUGGCUCCUCUGCAGGUUUGUUUUGGACAGGUAUACCUCGUCUUGAGGAGGACUGAUGGAGGCGGACAUCUUUGAGAGUUACAGAGAGGAGCAAGCAGUGGACGCUCAGUAUUUCCAGGGAGAGAAGAGGAAGCUCAUUCAGCCGACGUCUUUAAAAGACCCCAAGCUUGGGAAGCUGAUGGAUGCAUUAGUUGAUUGGAUCAAUAGGACUUUGAAACCGGAGCACAUAGUGGUUCAGAAUCUGCAGGAGGAUCUGUACGAUGGACUGGUGCUUCAUCAUCUGCUGUCCACGUUGGCCGAUGUGCAUGUGCCUGUGGAGGAGUUAGCAUUGACCAGUGCCGCUCAGAUACGCAAGCUGGAACUGAUCCUGGAGGAGUUGGACAGGAGACUGGGCCCGCAGGACGGCAGCCAGAUCAAAUGGAACAUCCAACUCAUCCACAACAAAGACCUUCUGGCUACGAUUCAUUUGCUGGUUGCCAUGGUGAGAUGUUUCCAGCCUGAACUGGAUUUGCCUCCGAAUGUGAAGGUUGAAGUCGUGUCACUGGAAGUCAACAGUGGUGGAAUCAAAUCCGAAGUACAGACAGAAGUCUUGACAGAUGAUCGGCCUGACAACUCAGGCUCAGACUCCCUCAGCAAUUCUGAAAGGGACGAUCCCAUUGAACAACUGCUGAGGCUGGAGGCUCACAAGGUCAACACGGUGAAGAAGGCCAUUUUACACUUUGUCAACCAGACCAUGGCGUCGAUGGGUCUGCAGGUCGCUGAUAUGGACAAACAGUUUGCCGAUGGCGUCAUCCUGCUGCUGCUGAUUGGACAGUUAGAAGGCUUCUUCAUCCCACUCUGUGACUUCAAACUGACCCCUGUCAAUCAAUCUGAAAUGGUACGGACGCAUCACAGAAGAGAAGUGCUUCACAAUGUGACCUUGGCCCUGGUCCUCCUGAAUGAUACAGGCCUGCAACUCUCCAGUGUUAAACCACAAGAUAUUGUCUCUCAGGACGCCACAGCCACCUUGAAGGUUCUUUACGCCUUGUUCAAGAAGCACAGAGAGAAAUGAGAGGCGCUCAAGAGAAGAAUUCAGGAGCUGGAAGUAAACACAGAGCUGAAGAAGGUGGAGUGAUUGACCGGCUUCAUCUGUCAUCUGUAGCAAAUACUGGAAAUGUUCUUAUGCAAAGGGUGAUGUUGACUUUUGUUGAUCCUCUCACCCAAAUUUUUGCAAGAGGCUUAAGUAGCCUUUACCAGUCAAUCGUAAUCUACAUAGAGGGCCACAGCGUUUAUGGAAACAAAAUAUUGGAGCAAAGCUGAUUAAAAUCUAAGUUUAUAGACUUGACGUGAAUAUUUAAAAACAUGAUUUUCUUGAAAACACACAGACACCAUCGGCAGCUGUUAUCACAAACACUUCAGACAUCUUCGUCAGUGUCUUCUACAUGUGUGUCACAGCUUUUUCACCUUUAGACAUUUGUCUCAAGGUCGUGCGUUAGAAGUGUCACCAACCCCCCCACUCAUUCACAGUGAAUCCAGCGGGGAUCCCCCCCCCCACUGUCUUCACACGUCGAAUUCUCUUGACUGUCUAUGGACGUAGGAGGCCAGGCGAAGACAGUCUGCAGAAACUGUGAAGCAUUUCACUCAGGCAUUUGCGUUCACACAUGCACCUCAAGCAAACCUAUUGUCUUUUUUAAAAACAUAUUUUUCUUCACGAUCUGUCACCGCUCAUGUGUUGUGGUUAUUCUUGGUUAUUUGCUGGAGUUUUCUCAAAAAAACAAUGUGCGUUUCUUUUCCCUCUGCUUCUUUCAUGUGUUGCUGCCAACAGUCUGUUACCUCCUCUAGUCUGAAUGCUAUUGUCAUUUAUAGAUAGCAUUUUCUCCCAUCCAAUUGCAUGUCGAAAGAGUGCCGCACACGGAGGGAGGUACUGAAAAGGAAAGACAGAAAAAAUAGCGGUGGUUCCAUCAAACCAUAUUAUAUAAAUGAUGUGUUGAAUUAAAAAAAUGUUGAUCAGAAAAUGUAAUCACCUCCUGUGUGGUAAGGAAGUGUAGUUGAAAAGAAAGUUACUUCCUUUGUCUUAAAUAAUGAUAGAAAAAUACCACUGCUUCUCUGGACAUUGUGUGUGUGUGUGUGUGUGUGUGUGUGUGUGCAUUAGCAUAAAGUUCAUUCUUUGUUUUUGUCUGAAGGUUAAUGUAUGAAAUUUGGGCAACAGCAAUAAA